GCGCUCCGUAGUCCUGGGAGCCGGAGGCGGCCGGGCAUGGUGGGCAGGGCCGUGGGCGCUGGAGGUUUCCCACGCGCUAGGCGGCUGCUCGGGAGCCCCCCGCUCUGCUGCGCCCGGCUGGGCUAGCGGUGGCCCCGAUCCCGCCUUCCGCCUGCUGCUUUUCCCGGACGCAGACUUUGCAAGAAGCGGCAGCCGACUUCGCCGGCUCGGCGCAGCCCGACCCGCCUCCGGGCUUGGCUUUUGCAGGCGAGCGGCCGGCGUGUGCGGAGCGAGCGGGCGAGCCUGCAGCAGAAGCCGGCCGGGUCGGUCCGAUGGAGCAGGCUGCGGCGGGCGACGAGGGACCGGGGGCCGUCAGCAAGAGGAAGGCCUGGGCCAAAAGCCGGGACUCCUGGCAAGCCUCGGAGGCCGAGCAGCUCUCACCAGAAGCGCCGGAGCUCAACCCGGAGCGGGAAGGAGGCAAUGUUCCGAAUGAAAAGAUUGCAAUAUGGCUUAAAGACUGCAGAACGCCGCUGGGAGCCUCUCUGGACGAGCAGAGUAACCAGACUUUGAAGGGCAUGCUGGUGAGAAAUGGAGGAAGUUUUGAAGAUGACUUAUCCCUGGGAGCUGAAGCUAACCAGCUGCACCAAGGUGGUGAACAAAUGGAAAUCUGUAAUGGUAUGUUGGCGAAGGACAAGAGGCUUCAGUUCCAUCAGAAGGGCCGAAGCAUGAAUUCUACCGGUUCUGGGAAAAGCAGUGCGACAGUUUCAAGUGUGUCUGAACUACUGGAACUAUAUGAAGAGGAUCCCGAAGAAGUUCUCUACAAUCUUGGGUUUGGCCGCGAUGAACCAGAUAUCGCUUCUAAAAUCCCAUCAAGGUUUUUUAAUACAGUAUCAUUUGCCAGAGGGAUAGAUAUCAAAGUGUUUCUGAAUGCCCAGUUGCAACGCAUGGAAGUAGAAAAUCCAAAUUUUGCUUUAACGAGUCGCUUUCGUCAAAUUGAAGUGCUCACCACUGUGGCCAAUGCGUUCUCUUCCUUAUAUUCCCAAGUGUCUGGCACCCCGUUGCAGAAAAUCGGGAGCAUGAAUUCAAUAGUUUCCAACAAAGAGGAAGCCAGCCCUCCCCCUCUCACCCGAAGCAACACUGCCAGUCGUUUAAUGAAGACUUUAUCUAAGCUUAACCUCUGUGGGAACCAGCAGGCAGGUGAAGGGGGCAGCUGCUCAACUCCUUCACCAGUUGAAAAGGGGAAAGCUGAAAACGGACCUCUUGAGGACACUGACUCUAAAAACGAACCCAGAACACCAAAGCACUUCAAGACGUCUUUGCUGGCUACAGUUAAAGAGGAGGUAUCUGGCAAUCAGCCGAGUAUCCUGGAUGUUCUUCACGCCUCUGAACUUUCUUCUGGAGCUAAUGUUACACAAGGUAUGCCAGGUGACCAUGUGCCUUGUGAAGAUGAGCAAAAUGACGACUCCCUUGGUCAUUCAGAUGGACACAGUGAGAAAGCUGCUGUUAUGGACUCGUCAGGUCUCCAGAGGGAAAUACCAGACUUGGCCACUUGCGAGCUUGAGGGCAACUCUGAACUGCAAGUGCUUCCUUUGUCACCGCCAGAGAAAGAACCCUGUGCUCCGAUAGCAAACCCAUCCAUUGUUCAUCUCAUGUUACAGCAGAAGGACUCCUUUGAGAUGGAAGAGAUCCAAAGCACCGAGGGAGAGAUCCCACAUGCUCCUAAUACAUGCCAGCUGGCUUUAGCAAAAACGAAAAAAGAUCAGUUAUUACGAUCUGCAAGUCAGCAUUCGGACAGCAGCGGCUUUGCCGAGGAUUCUUCCCCAGACUGCUUUUUGCUAAAUCAGUUGCAGGUACACGAGUCAUUGCAAGCCAUGGGGAGCAGCGCUGACAGUUGUGACAGCGAAACAACAGUUACGUCUUACAGCGAAGAACUCAAAACACCAAUAGCUGAACAACCAUCAUAUUUUAACGAGCUUGAUGAGGAGAAGUUCCUCCUUUCAGAAGUAGAGCGACAGCUGGGGGAGAUGGCUUCUGAGGCAAACUCAGGAGAAGGUCAGAACAUUCCGGAACGCGAUGCUGGUCAGGCUGAAGCUGGAGAAGAAACAGAGUUUGGCCAAGGAGAUUUUGUUAGGAAAAAAGAAGAUGCUACUGCAGAGCAAGUUGAGUUUGAUGUAUUGGAAGAAGACAGUGAAGAAAGUGAUUUAGAUAAAAGCAGCGAGUGUGAGUUCCCUCAGUAUAAAACACACCACAUUCUCAAAUCUAUGUCCUCCAUAGAAAGCAGUAGCUCAUCCCCUUCCUCUGUAGACCGAGUUAACACUGCUUUGCAGAGAGCACAGAAGAAGCUCAGUAGUUCAUCUGAUCCCAGAGCUGGACGCACCCUGCUGAAAUCGAAAGACCUUCUUUUCAAGCACAGGCAUCGAAUUGCUGACCUGGGUUAUCCCCUCCGGCGCUCCCAGUCCCUCCCUACCACACUUCUAAACCCUGUGAGAGUUGUCUCCUCAGUGAACGUCCAGCUAAAUCCAGGAAAGCAGACAUUGUGCAGCCCUCCUUCGUUUACUUACAAGUACGACACGCCUGAAGAAGAUGGAAAGAAGGACCAUGAAGAAGUGAAAUCCAUCGCUGAGGCCCAUGACAGUCCUCCCCGCUGCAAAUCCACACUUUUCAUUGCUCCUUCAUCUAGGAAAGGAACAUCUCUGCCCGGAGCAAGCAAGGUAGCAGAUGAACCCUACCGGAACAGGAUCCAGAGUUGUCCAUUGCACCUCCAGGCACACUUGUCUCAGUCAUCAUGUUCGCUCCAUUCUGUUCAUUCUGAUUGUCUGGAGAGGCCCCUGUGCGCUCACAUGAGAACGUUCAGUACCCAUAGCAUCCCGAGUACCCCUGGGUCCUCCUGCAGCGCCUUGCCUUCCCCUUUUGGCUGUCCUUACUCCCUGAGGAGCCUGGGCCACUCCCACCAGUCUCAGUCUAUGCAGUCUCCAUCCACGGUUGAAAUGCAACUUAGGAGAGUCUUGCAUGAUAUCCGAAACUCUUUGCAAAACUUGUCUCAGAAUGCUGUGAUGAGAGGUCAUGACAUUACGACACCUUCUUACAACACUCAGAGAUCAUCCAUUCUACCUCUGUAUGAAAAUACAUUCCAAGAUCUUCAAGUAGUUCGGAGAAGCCUUAACCUCUUUAGGACACAAAUGAUGGAUUUAGAAUUGACCAUGUUGCGCCAGCAGACGACAGUUUACCAGCACAUGACUGAAGAAGAGAGGUAUGAAGCCGAUCAGCUCCAGACUCUCAGAAAAUCUGUUCGGAUGGAGCUCCAGGAAUUAGAAAUGCAGUUGGAGGAACGUCUACUUACUCUUGAAGAGCAGCUUAGGAAUUUACACGUAUCAUCACCUUACCGAUCACAAACGCUCAUGGGCAUGUAUGGAAGCAGAAGUACUGAUAAUUUGUCGUGCCCCUCUCCGCUGAAUGUGAUGGAGCCAGUUUCUGAACUCAUAAGAGAACAAUCAUUUCUGAAGUCAGAGCUGGGGCUGGGAGAACUUGGAACGGAGGGUCUCCUGGGAGAGAGUUCAGAAUCUUUCGAUCAUGGAAAUUCAGAUUCUUCAUCAGUGUGUUCUAGUCAAGCCAGCAGGAAAGCUGGGGCACAUUCAUCCGAGACAACGGUUAAGGCCAAGCCCCAGAGCAAAAAAGUGUACCGGGCAUGUGUUGCCCUGAUGCCCACUCCACCAGCCAGACCAGGAAUGGGGCAAGCUCCUGAAUUUCCUGAGGAGCCUGUGACCUCCAAAUCCGAAGCAGAACCGAAGCUUGAUAAGGUGGUUUCUGCACCUACUAUUGAUGAAAUGCAUAGAAGCACAGAGAAUGAUGAACUUCAGCAAGUCAUCCGAGAGAUCAAAGAAUCGAUUGUAGGUGAAAUCAGACGGGAAAUUGUAAGUGGCUUGUUAGCAGCUGUCUCUUCCCCAAACAGAGAAAACGCUAAGCAAGAAACACAGCCAUGAAUUGGUACCACAGGUUGGCACGUGUUCUGAGGACACUACAGAACAUCUAGAUGGAAUUGUCUGUCUCUGCUCUAGGGGACAAAAGAGAAGACUGUUGUGUACUAUCUGUGUUUGUGUACUGCAUCGAGUCCCCCUUCAGAUCACCACGCCACAGUUGUGACAGUCUCCACCUUUACUACUGCCCAGGAAUUAUCACAAGAACUCUGGCUACCUUACAAGCCCUGAAUAUUUAUUUGUACAUUCCUACUGUUCAUUUGUGCAGAGUUUUUAUUUCUUUGUAGAGGUAUUCUUCAUAAAACUUGAAGGUUUCUGGACCUACCCAAUUAUAAAUAGCCUAGAAUUGUCCAUCUAUUUUAUUUUUUAUUAAAACCCACUGACCUCUGUGAGGUAUUUAACUGUGCAAUAACUGAUUCACUCUGAGAGCUUGAAACAACCAAUAACAAUUUUCACUGCUGUUACUUAGCACCACUUCAAAAAGAGAGGGAUAUCCUGUUGUAAAAAAUUGCUGUUAUCUCUGGGGAGAAGCUACUGUUUGCAAAGAGUUUAAAGAAUUACAUAAAGUUACCUUAAAAAGACAAACUACUACAGAUGCUUACACUGAAAGCCUUAUAUUUGUGCUGUAGAAACCAUAUGUUUUGCUUCUUUUAAUCCUCUUUCCCUUAGAGAUGUGCCUUAUCUUUUACAAAAAUGCCUUAAUAUAUAAAUGGACUGUUUCUCAGAUACUUCAGGAAGAAGGCCUGUACCUUCUUUUAAUAAGUCUAUAAAACACUAGUUUAAAACAAAGAAAUGAUUGUGAAUGACUUGUAGUGGGUCGAUCACUUUGAGUAUUACAGGGAACUUGGCUCUAUUUCCCCUACACCUUUUCUGAGGUUUUACUAGAGCCCAGGAGAAAAGUGGCAUUGAUCACAAUAUGUAGGACAGGAGGUAGGCAGGGUUCAGUAUAUGUGUGGGUUUUGUCUACAGGAUGCUAGAUGGUUGAAAUAUUAACAACGUGGGAAUGCCACUGGGAUUCUUUAAAGUUUUUGUUUGUUUUUCAGCUAAUAAAAAUGUUUUUAAAUUGUAUGUAUUAAUGACUAGUAAACCUAUAACAGCAAUAUUGUAUGGGGAAAGUAUGUCCAAAGAUUUAUGUGUGUUUGGAAUACACCUAAGGGCUGAUUUUCUUUUUAAAAGGGGGCUGUUAUGCCAAUAAAAUAUUUAU